AUGGUUGAAAUCCAUGGAGAAGUGGACUCUUCAAUCUCUACUCCAGAAGUAGAAGAAGAAGUCGAAGAGGAAGAAGUCGACGAGGAGGAAGAAAUAAGCUAUGACGACCUCAAGAAGCGCAUGUGGAAAGAUAGCGUGCUUAUGCAAAAGCUUGAAGAGAAGCGUAUGAAUGAAGAGGCUGAUAAUGCUGCAGCGAAACAAGUGGCGUCGCGUCGAAAAAAGAUGUCGAGAGCGCAAGAUUCGGUUCUUAAGUACAUGUUGAAGAUCAUGGAAGUUUGUAAAGCUCAAGGGUUUGUUUACGGGAUUGUUCCGGAGAAGGGUAAGCCUAUUACGGGCUCUUCUGAUAGUCUCCGUCAAUGGUGGAACGAUAAAGUUCGAUUCAAUCAAAAUGCCCCGUUGGCUGUUGAAGAAUCGCUAGCGGUUUUAGCUCAAGCCCAACUCGACCCCGUUUCUGUCAUGUAUUUACUUCAUGAGUUGCAAGAUUCUACUUUAGGCUCUCUACUUUCUGCUCUCAUGCAGAAGUGUGUGCCUCCCCAAAGGCGGUUUCCCCUCGAAAGAGGUUUAGCUCCGCCUUGGUGGCCUACCGGGGAUGAAAUGUGGUGGGGCGAACAAGGAUCAUCGCAAGAACACGGUGCUCCUCCGUACAAGAAACCUCAUGAUCUCAAAAAAGCAUGGAAGGUAAGCGCCUUGGCGGCGGUUAUCAAACACAUGUCGCCCAAUUUUGAUCGAAUGCGACGCAUUGUUAUGCAAUCAAAGUGUUUGCAAGCUAAGAUGACAGCUAAAGAAAGCACUACAUGGUCUGCCGUCGUUAAUCAAGAAGAAGCUCUCUCGGGUCUUAUGAACACAUGCCUCCAAAUCGAAGAUGAUGAUCCCGAAGAGAUCGACCAAAACGCGACGAGUGACUUAAACCUUGCUGAGAAAAGGAAGCGUGUGUUUGAUCGAGAAGCAGCUUCUUUGGAUAGGACUUAUUGGUGCCAAAACUUGGAGUGUCCGCAGAGCGAAGAACAUUCGGGAUUUAUAGACAAGAACGCGAGGUCUGAUCAUCAACUCCGGUGUGAUUAUCGUGUCGAAGAAAGGGACAGCAGUAGCCCAAAUAAUCUUCCCUGGCCGUCCGAUGAGGCGAGCUUGAUCAUCAGUCCUGAUCAGCUGCCGGAUGGGUUAAGUGUAAGUGAUUGGGCUAAUACAGUGCUAGAAAAUGCUAACUAUACGAAUAUAGAAACCGGAGAUCAUGAGUGUGGAUAUAAAAUGCAAGACUAUCAAGAUUAUUGGGGAGCUGAGGUUGAAGAUUUAGCUAUGAAUGAUGAGUACCAAAACGAAGAUAUGGAGUUGAAUCAAAAUAGAGAAACACUAAAUUCUAUUUGGAAUUUGGAAAAUGAUUGGCCACAACCUGGCCAACUGCAAAACAAGUAA